AUGGCUGCUGUAGUCGUAUCACACCACCAACACCGAGAUAGAAAGAAUCACCCGUCACCCAGGUUUGAUCUUGCCCACCUUCCCACGGUCGGUACCUGGGCACCUUGGCUAGUGCCGCUCGGUGUGGGCAAAGACCUGCCGUCUCAAAUUCAGACACUGGAGUAUUCCCCAACAAACUCGAGGCCGACAAACAAUAACAUUCUCUACCGCUCGGGAUCUCGGGCUGAAGCUCUCGAAAUAAUGACGCCGUCGCGCAUUGAGCCUCGCGGUGACCCAACCCAUCGUUAUAUGCUCGUCACCUUUCACAAGCUGCAUGAAUCGUGCGCUGGAGAUUGGGAAAGCUACGUCAAUGAUCAUCACUUGACUCGUCACGAGCUGGCCGCGUUUCUCGACUUUUGCGGCCUCUUCCUCACUAACAUUGGUAACUAUUACGCUGAUGGCGGUGAAAAGAUUAUGCCCGAUAUUUCUCACCAAGCAUGCCGUAAACUCGCCGCAAUCUCUGAAGAGGCCACGAAUCUGCUCGAAAAAGUCAUCGCGCCCAUGCUAUCACUCUCCCCGGCCGUAUUAGGUUAUCCAGGAGAUAACGCCGAAGCGAAUUAUUAUCUCGGACCCAACAACAUCGCCAGAGAUAAGAUUGCGCUCGUUGGUAAGGUGCUGGAGGCGCAUUCUAUCGAGCCGGAAAACACCAGAAUCGCCAAAUCGCAAGAUAGCGACAAGUCUAUUUUGGAGGUCACGAUAGCUUCCCCCACUGGUGGAAUUAUUGAAGAAUGCAGUUGCUUCGCUGAUCACGGCACUGUAAUCCGUCUCGUCGGAGGUGAUCAUUCACGCGAGAUGUCCAAGGUCAGCGAUGUCUACUACAACACUUACUUUCAUGUAAUUUAUGGACUUCAAGCACUUGAACACUACAACGCUGAUGAAAGAGCCUGGGGUGAAGCUGCCUACAGAAGUAGCCAAUGGGCCAUCUUGAAGCAUCUUCUCUUGAAGGGUGGAGGCAAUGUUUCCAUCAUACACUACACAGAGGCUCAGAGUAUUCUCGUCAAAGUCGACCGCGAGAAGCUUCAUACUCAUGGGCAGCCAGCUCUUGGUGAUGUCUUAUGUCGAAUCCAGAUUUGGCGUUGCAUUGGAGACUUGAAAUUUUGA